AUGCGUGUCCAGGACGAUUUCACGAACUGUGAGAACAAUGUUCCUAUGGACGGACAAGUGGCCAUCGUUACUGGGGCUACGGCCGGUAUAGGGUUUGAAGUUGCCAAAAAUUUUGCGAAAAGGGGAGCCAGAGUCAUCAUAGGCAGCAGGAAUCCUGUCAAAAUGGAAAAAGCAAAAAACGCUAUCAUCCAAAGCUCUGGGAAUACGAACAUUUCAACCAGGAAACUCGACUUUGGCUCCUUAAAAUCCAUACGAAGAUUUGCAAGUGAAAUAUAUAUGAAUGAACCAAAAUUAAAUAUACUUAUCAACAACAUCGGUGCCCUGGGCUUACCAGAUCGACAAACAAAGGACAAACUUAAUCUGAUGAUGCAAGUCAACUACUUCGGAGCCUUCCUGUUAACUUUCUUGCUAUUCCCUUUAUUACGGACAUCAGCCCCGAGCAGAAUCGUGAAUGUAUCGUCUAUAACUCUGCUUCUGGGUCACAUUGAUCUCGAUCAUAUGAAUGAUGUUGGAAGAUUUUCAAGCUUCGGAAUGUAUUGCAACUCAAAGUUAGCAGACAUAUUGUUUACAGUUGAAAUGAACAAACGGAUACAGGGCAGUGGAGUUAACGUGUACAGUAUGGACCCAGGGCUGAGUAAGUCUGAGUUCUUCAGAGAUUUCAACGACACGACCCUAAGAAAUGUUUUUAAUGCAGGCAUGUUGUUAUUGGGAAGAGAUUUAGAUAGGGUUGCUACCAUGCCAGUGUUUUUAGCGACGGAUCCGAGAGUCCAAAAUUCGAGCGGGAAGCAUUUCAGAGACUGUGCUGAAUUCUACAGUUCAUGGUUUGCCGAAGACGCUGAGUUAACUCGGAGGCUGUGGGAGAAAUCAAAACAAUUAGUAAACAUCAGCACUGAGGAGGACUGGGAACUUAAAUAG